CAUUAAGUGACACUUUCCCAAAGGCAGCGUGACUGAAACCUAUGAAGGCCUGUACUGAAGACAGCAAGCUGUUAGUGCAGACUGGAUGCUUUCUUUUCAGUCGUGUUGUACCUCCUGAAAAAACCUUAAUGCAAGACAUCUUUCAGUGCUGGCAUGUUUCCAAUUACUGCACAGUCAUGGAGUGCAAUAAUACUGUAUAGUUUUUUUUAAGAGUUAAGUCAACCAAUUCAUCGCUAAACAAUGCAGGCAUUACUAACUGUAACUUUUUUGUUCUAUAUUCAUGUGUCACACAAUGGAAGAUUGAGUUGAUAUCUUUUUUUCUUGGAAAAAGUUUGUCUAAUCUGUUGUAAUUUUAUAUAAAUUUGUUCUUUUUGUAGAUUAAAAUGGAAUUAUAGGAAUACUGAUUUAUUCCUAAACUGUUUUAAAGAGACAGUUUCCUAUCAAAUAUCUCUAAUUUGGUUAUAUCAGUUUGUAUAUUUUUCAAAAUAUAUUGCAGAGUGAACAGUGCAUUAUAAAUUAUAUGAACAAAGCUAUAUGCAGAGUAAUUACCACUUUUGUGAUUUCAGGAAAAACUAAGACCAACUGCUUCUCAAAUUGUAUUGGCCAGCUCAAGAGUUUUCCCUUGAUCAGUCUAUAGAAUUGAAAAGCUGGGCCUUUAUAUGUCCUAAAUAUAAACUAAGCAAAUUAAUUUAAAUAAAGAGUUUUCAUUUGUUGUGUGAAGUAUUGGUGUACUUUUAUUACUUGUGAAAGUAUGACUACGAAGAAUAACUGGAUUCUUCCAGGUAGAGCUGAAAACAAACCUAGAAGAAGUACACUUCACAGGAGCACUAUUCGUUUUGUACUGACUUCUUGUUACUAUUCCAUCUCAGUGAAUUCUCAAAGAUACAAAAGUGUUAUUCAAAUACAUUUAUCAUAGCCGUGGGAAGUUUGUACUGUAAUAGGUUUUUUGUUUUUUUAAUUGAGUGCUGUGUUCUUGACAUUUUGUACAUAUGAGGUACGUAAGAAAGGAGAGAGAAUGCAGUGUCAUAGUUAUAAAAAGUUAUUGGGCAUAUUGUAAGAUAUGGAUUUCGGGAAACAGGUGCAGUUUAACAAAGAAGACAUGCAAUAGUUCUUCUGUCAUAUGGAAAUGACCAGUGCAAAGGACUGUAUGCCCAGUCAAGAGUUCUGUGAAUGCUGAAAAGUGAAAUCAGACUAGGUAAGGUUGUGGAUGUUCUCAAUUAGAUGUAAGUGGAUGAUAAGCCAAUUCUAAAGUUCUUUGCUGUGGAGAAAGGUAGCAUUAUAUCUAUUGCAACGUGACCACUUCUACCUGAAGCAAGUCCUGUUUUUUCUGUUUGCUUGUCUCAGGAGCCACUCCCUUCCUUAGCUGUCAGUCUCCGUUACCACUGGAUACAGCACCUGCACUAGUUGCAGAAUCCUGACUGAGGAUGGGGUAGUGGCAUAUGGCCGUGAAUUCCAGUGCAUAAAGUCCAGAGCAAGCAGUACACAGAAGACCAAGAAAGCUCUUAACAGAUGUUGGCUAGCUACAUGGGAGAUCUCUUCAAAUGGUCAUAACAGCCAAAGUACUAAAAUUACCCAACCACCAAGAGAAGGAGGAACUGUGAGUGGAUGCAUCCUGAUGCUGUAUCAGCACAUCUCUGUGGGCAAAGAGAAAAAUCUGAAAGAUCUGGAAACUGCAGCGGACUGAGGGAAUGUCCAUACUCUGUUCUUCAAGCCGCCAAGAGAACAACCUCUCUCUUGAAGAAUCAGCCAAGAGUUAAAGGAACCAGGUCUUAAUUUUCUGCUGAAACCCCAGAAAGCACUGGGUCCUGCUCUUUCAGUCCAGACUUCAGCUGCACAUUUUCUUCCAGCUUGGCUUUCUCUGGUGGAGUCAGUAUAGACUGUGGAGUCAGUUACACGUCUUGGAGCCAAUGUGUCUCCCAUCCUCAUCUCCGACGGAAGAUGAGCCACAUCUCAUAUGCAGUGUUACAUUUUCUCCUGGGCUUCUUCAUCCCCUCAGCCAACCUGCUGGUAAUUGUAGUUGUCUACAAACUAAUGAAAAAGCAGCAAGGCAGAAGCUACAUCUUCAUACUUAAUCUGGCUGCUGCAGACCUGCUGGUGGGAGUGAUGUGCAUUGCAGAGGCACUGGAUGAUAUCCUGGAUGGAGACUUUGACAAGAACUUAUCCUUUUGUCUUCUGCGGAUCUGCAUGAGCAUGACACCUUGCAUAGGCUCCAUUCUCACCUUGCUCUUGAUUUCCCUGGAUAGAUACCUGGCAGUGAAGCUCCCCCUUUAUUAUCCUGCCCUCUUGAACAAAAAACCCAUCAUCUUCUCUCUCGCCAUCCUGUGGGCCGUCUCCAUCUUGUUUGGUCACAUGCCUUUGAUUUCUCCCUCCCUGCAGCAAAGCAACUACACGGGCUACUGUGGGCUCCUGUAUGCAGCCAAGAGUGACUACCUAUAUGUGACCUGCUUUGGGAUCUUCAUCCCUUCCUUGUUGGUCAUGAUCUGCCUGCACAUCUCAGUUGGGAGGAUUGCCUACUCACAGCACAAGCGAAUCUGGCGCACCUGCCUGCAAACAGAACCCCUUACUGCUCACCUCCGCCACUUCAAGGCACUGCGGACAGUACUUAUAAUGAUUGUCGGCUUCACCAUCUGCUGGGGACCUUAUUACCUGGCAGGCUUUGUGCAAGCUACUUGUGACUCUUGCAACCUAGCUGACCCGAUAACGGAUGUCUUAUUCCUGCUGGGAGAAAUCAACUCCCUCAUCAACCCCCUUAUCUAUGCUCUGUACUAUAAAGAUAUAAGAAGCCAGCUGCUCAAAUUGAUGUGCAAGAAGAAAGGCCAAGUAAAGCCUCUGGCUGUGGUUCACUUUAAUAUCCAAGCCCUUGAUGGCGUAUCCAAUGGAGAGAUUAAGAGACCCAAUUCAUCUGAGGUUCAAGUCCCCAAUACUACCUUCUUCAACAGUUCUAGCCACUGCAAAAUCGUCUUCUCGGUGUCAUGAUCCAAAGCAGAAGAGAAGCUCUGCAUGAACCACCAGUGAAGUGGAAUGUGAGACUGACAGUUUUCUAGCGUAAUAACCAACCAACCGCCUGGACCUGGAGCACAUUGACUGGCAAACAGCAGCAGGUCUUCUUCGCAUACAUGUUUUGGUGGUGGAAGUUUACCAGGCUGCCUUGCCUUUGAAGGAAAGAAGGUGUAGGGGAUGGAGAGUUAUAAAAUGUUUAUGUUUAGAACAGCAAUCAACAGUUCCUGGAGGAUCAAAACUCACAGAAGCAGAGAGAAACGUGAGAGCAAAGCUUGCAAGCCACAGGUGCCCAUCAGCAAAGCUACACCCAGCAAUGGGAGCAUAAGCCUGCCCCACUCCCCAUCCAAACCGUGAGGGGGAGGCACACAUGUUCGCGCUCUCUCUCUUUCUCGUGGCAUGUCCUGUACUCCUGCUAAUUAAAACUUGAUUUGCUGUUCUCAUUGCUGGCUUGUGACAUUAGAAACAAUGUGAACCAUAUAAAAUGCCCAGUGAUUUGAAAUAAAAUAUUUGAAACAAAUUAAA